AUGGCUUUGAAAUUUCAAUUUGAAACUCAACAGAGAGCUUCUCUAUCGCUAUUUAUCUUUACUGCUAAUACAAAAGAAGAUUCAAAUGGCCCAGAUAAAAUAGUUUUAUUUUUAAACACCAGAGGGCAAGCAUUCGCAAAGGAUAAAUACUUAGAUCUUAUCCUACAAGUGGAAGAGGCUGAAAAAGCUCAAGUUAAGACACCGCUUCAUCAAAGGCGAUUAAAAAGGUUUGCAACUUUAAACAUUGGUUCUGUUAAAAAACUUGUUGCCUGUAGUGAAGGGAACAUAAAAUACUUUAUUCUGGCUGAGGAAUUGUAUGAUAUUAUUGAUGCAGCUCACAGAGCUGUCAGACGUGACAGAUUAUUGGCUGAGACAUCUUUAAAAUAUGCUAAUAUCACAAAACAGAUGAUUAACCUUUAUUUAUCAAUGUGUGUAACAUGUCAAGAAAAGAAGACAAAAAAGGAGAGGUGCCAAGUGGAUCUCAUUGAUUUUCAGACUCAACCUGAUGGAAAGUUUAAAUUUAUCAUGGUCUACCAAGACCACUUGACCAAGUUUAUUUUGCUUCGUGCUUUAGAAUCUAAACAAGCUGAAGAAGUAGCCUACCAUUUGAAUGACAUAUUUUUGACAAUAGGUGCCCCAUGUAUUUUGCAGUCAAACAAUGGAGGAGAAUUCAUCAAUUGUAUUAUAUGUGAAAUAGCAUGUCUUUGGCCAGAAGAUAGUACAUGGAAAAUCAUGGCACAUCCAAAGGCCUAUCAUUCGGGCAUAAAACAAUCAUCUUACAAAGCUAUGUUUGGAGUUGAACCCAGAGUUGGUCUUUCAAUAUCAUCACUACUACCAGAAAUAAUAAAGGAUAUUCAAGAUGAAGAUGACUUUCAAAAACUUAUUGAAACCGAUUUAACCCAUAGACAGACAAAUUAUCAUAAUGAUUCGGGAGAUGAUAGUGAUGGUAAUGAUACUGAAACUUCUAAAAUUAGUGAUGAUAUCCAAAAGGCAAGAUAA